UGGGUCAGCCUCGCCUCCAUUCCCACUCCCCGUCAAGAGCAUGGGACCGUCGCCAUCGGCAACUCAACUAUUGCCAUCGUCGGUGGCAUCGCUCCUCAAGACAACGGUACCACCACAGUCACCACAGACCUAGUUCAGCUCUACGAUAUUACCUCCAAUACCUGGCGCACUGGAUCUGCGUCACCAUUUAAGGUCAACCAUCCCAACCUUGCCUGCGUGGACCCGAACAAGCUUUACCUGCUAGGCGGUCUGACCGACGUACCACCUCCAAAAGGUCAGGACCUAGGCAUGAACUGGAUUGCCUCCAAGGACUGCUACGUUUAUGACGCUGCAACUGAUACGUGGGCCGAGAUUGCCUCCAUGCCCAACGGCACAGAAAGGGGCAGUUCCGUCGUCGGUGUUCAUAACGAGAUGAUAUAUCUAGCCGGAGGAAUGACGGUCCUCCAGACUGGAUACCAAGACGCCAUCAAUUCAGUCAUCUCAUUCAACACCACCUCCAGCCUCUGGCAGAGACUCGAGUCCGCUGCGGCUGAACUGCCAGCAAGCCGUCAGCACGCUACUGGAUCGGUAAUUGGAGACAGUUUCUAUGUUAUCGGUGGACGCCGAUACGGCCAGAUGUAUCAUCGAGACACGGUUUUCGAACUUGAUCUGCAGAACAUUGAAGUGGGAUGGAGGACGAGCACUGGCCACAUGCCUACUUCCCGCGGAGGCAUCUUUGGGGGUCCUGUUGAUGGGAAGUUCUACCUUUUUGGUGGUGAAGGAAACCAAAACUCCAAUACCGGUGUUUACAAUCAAACGGAGAUGUUUGAUAUUGCUUUAGAGCGAUGGACUGAGUUGAUGCCCAUGGCUGUUUCUCGUCAUGGUACUCAAGCUGCGGUAGCUGAAGAAUGUAUUUAUAUCCCUGGCGGUGGCCUCCAGCAGGAUGGUAAGGAGGUAAUAGUGGGUGGAGAGACGACUUAUCAUGAUACUACCUCUCACUUUGAUGUC